AUGUCGGGAGCCGAAAUCGGUGUCGCUGUUGUUGAGGCGGCAGCAGCCCUGGUCACAGCAUAUAAGGACGCUGGUGCUAUUGUCGAGAACAUCAAAGAGAAACGCAGGGCAAAAGGCGCACUACCCCCGAGCGUGGCACUGGAAGAGGCACUCCGAGAAGGCUAUGAAGAGAUUGAGAAGAUCACAGCAAAGGGCAUACAACGGUUUGGGCAACCCUUCGAGCAGGGAGAUGACAUUGCCUAUCGGGCUCUCCAGAGCCUUACCAUCGAAAUCCAAGCAUCCUUUCUGCACCACCUGAUGCUGGCCAGUAACAAUGACAAUGUCGUCGACUUUGAGACCUGCAUUGAUUCCGCCAUCGAUGCCCGACUACGCGCGGUUUCUAUCCUCAGCGAACUCUAUUUGCGGCAGCAGAAACGUCCCAGUGCGAAGGCAGAAAGUAGAACAGUACUGUGUUCUGCAGAUGAGACGAAGGAGGUCCAUGGAGCUUCUCCGGAACGUGAGAAACACUCGAGCUUGGGCUGCGAACCUGUGCCAUCUCGACCCUUACUAGAUGAGAUGAAGGAGGUCAUUGAGGCACCCUUAGUUCUUGGACGCAAGAAAAGCAGUGGGAUUGUGCAACCUGAGACACCUCCCAGCCCAGGUCAGGCUCCUCGGAAGUCGUCCUGGAACGUCUUCAAGAAGUUGCAUCGAACUCCAUCUGCGGAGAAAGAGAGUACGUCGACACUGUUACAGGCCACCUCCCGACCCCCUUCAUAUGUCACCUCGCCCAUAUCACCGUCAAUCAGGUCAUUGGACAAUCCUCGCAGUCCCCAAGCCAUGACUCCACCUAUCAGCCCGGUUUCAAGCGUUUCGUCCACUGAUGUGCUGGCUGCCGCCGGCCUUUGCAAAGGAGCAUACUACAUCCAGCAAGGAGCCUAUGAAAAGGGAGUGCAGGUCUCAAUGAAGAACAUGGAGUGGACUUGUCAUUGUCGAAAAUGUCCUUUUGCAACACCGGCAGACCGAGACGAGCGUGGCCGAGCCCGCUUCGACGACAACAUCCACUCAACUCGAAACUUGCGUUGGCGAUCUCUUUUGCUUUUCAAAUCUCACAUAUCGUCUAGUCGGCAGAACACGAGGGUAUACAGAUGCCUGAUAUGUGUCCUUCUCGGUGAUUCGACGUCUGUCUACCAAGGAGAACAUCAUCUCUUUGAGCACUUGUUCCACCACCAAGGCGGGGUCCUCAACGGCAUCGAACUCUGGGGUCCAAUCUGUUUGGCCGCAGGCGGAGCCAGCAUGGGAUCCGAAAGGACGUUUGACGUCUGCUUCGCGGUGAACCCGAGAUUUGCACUCCCGAAAGGCGCCUUUGAGAUGGGCGUCGCCACGGAGAUUGUCGAGGCCGACGGGACAGAGAUCCACGGCGAGGAUGUCCUCAAGAAUCAAUGGGUGGAUGACGGGUAG